UGUUUAAAGGCCCACAGGGUGGUGCCCUCCCACUCUGCCGGCAUCAUGAGCGCUUGGGCCUUCCCUGCAGCCCUUCUCCUGCUCGGCCUGACCUCUGAAAGCCUGCAAGGCGGGGUCCCUCCAUCGUCUCUGGGCCUGGGGAAAGGCUACGGCCCCCCCAGUGGUCUAGGAGCAGGUUUCGGGAAUGGGCGUGGGCUGGGAGCCCAGCCAGGCCCUCCAGCUCAGAAUGGCUACGGAACAGGCAUUGGAGGGGGCGCGAAGCCCCGGAAGCCGGGUGUCUCUCCAGGGUUUAGGAACGGGAACGGGCUGGGAGUCGGGACCCUCCCGGGUGCUGCUGCCCAGCCAGGCUUUGGAAGGGGGCCGAAACUCCAGCAGCUAGGAUACGGAAAUGCGCUGGGAGCUGGUGCCUUCCCGGGGCUGGGAGCCCAGCCAGGAUUCGGGGGUCGAAAUGGUAUCGGUGUUGGGGCUUUUCCCGGAGCAGGAAUUGGAGGGGGCGUGAAGCCUCAGAAGCCAGGACCCAUCGCUGGGAAUGGGCUGGGGGCUGGGGCCUUCCCCGGAGCUGGAGCCCAGCCAGCAUUGUCUGGAUUUCCUAUGUCCCCCCUCACAGGUCUUGCAGCUCCAAAUGGCUUUGGACCAGGCUUUGGAGGGGGCGGGAAACCCCAGAAGCCAGGAUUCGGGACCAGGGACGGCACCCAGCCAGGCCUUGGAGCAGGAGGGCUGAAACUUCAGAAGCCAGGCCCCCCGGCUCAGAAUGGCUACGGAGCAGGCUUUGGAGGGGGUGUGAACACUCAGAAGCCAGGAUUUGGGAACGGGAAUGGCCUGGGAGCUCAGCCAGGCCCAGCAAUACCGCAGGGAUAUGGAGCAGGAUAUGGUAACGGGAACGGACUGGGAGCCAGGCCAGGCCCUGCGGCUGACAACGGCUAUGGAGCAGGUAGGGGGGCCCUGCCCAGGGAGGCCGCGGCGGCCCGGGGGCCCGCACUCACUCUGUGUUUCUCACCAGGCCUGGCGGCCGGCAUGAAGCCGCAGAAGCCAGGAUUUGGGAACGGCAACGGACUGGGCGUCCAGCCGGGACCUGCAGCUCCCGUCGGCUAUGGCCCAGGAGUUGCUGAGGCCAUGAAGCCUCAGAAGCCAGUUUACAGGAAUGGGCUGGGAGCUGGAGCCUUCCCAGGCCAAGGGGCCCAGCCAGGCCUGGGAGGGAGCGUGAGCCCUCUGAAGCCAGGAUACUUGCCGCUGGGGAACGGGCCGCAGCUCCUCCCAGGUCUCGGAGUGGGUCUGAAACCUCAGAAGCCAGGAUAUGGCAACGGCAAUGGGCUGGGGGCCCAGCCAGUGCCUACUCCGGCCCUCCAGUGGGGACCGAAACCUCAGGAAGCAGGGUACCAGCUUCAAAAUGGCUACGGACCAGGAGCAGGACUGGGCUUUGGUGGGGGCCUCAGGCCCCAGAAAGUCGGCUUGGGCUAUGGCAACAGCAACGGUGGUCUGGGAGCUGGGGUCUUCCCUGAGGCCCACCCACAGCCAGGGUUCCCGGGGGCCGAUGGCUUUCUGAACGGUCAGGCUGGGGGCCUGAGGGGCUUUCCCUGGCCCUCCCUCGGGCCCUGGGGGGCUGCCUUGAAGCCUAGAUACGGGGCUGGAGGCACAUACCCAGAGGUCGGGAGUCAACCAGGGCCCUAUGGGCAGCUGAGGCCAGAGCUGGGCCCUGGGCCCUUGGGAGGCCCUGAGGUGAAGAGAGGCAGCAAUGGCCCGCUGGGAAAUGGCUUUGGAGGCCGCUGACUGCUUGGGAAAUGCUGAGCACCCGAGCACUCCCACUGCCCGUCCUGAGCGCCUCUGCACGCGAGCCUGGUCUUCAGGCAAGGCCGGCCAGACCCUCCGGCUUGGCCUCUGGCCUGGGGUCUCCUGCAGGCUGGAAGUCUCAAUAAAGGCAGUGUGCUUCCCUGUU